AUGUCUGAACGUUUCUAUACCGAAUUAAACGAGUUACUGCUGCUUAAAGAUGGUAAAAAGAAAAAGAAAACAUCACGUGAUUACUGGAUGCUUCAAAGAUACGACAUUCUGGUUGUACAACAAAUAAAAAAAUUAAUUUUUCCUGUAAAUGCUGAUGGCAAAAUAUUAUUUUAUGUUAAUGAAGAGGAACUUUAUGAAAUUCUAAAAACUACACAUGAAUCAAUUGGUCAUGGUGGUCGUGACAGGAUGAUGUCUGAACUUUCAAGAAAAAAUAAAAAUAUUACUCGGUGUGAUGUAGAAGUUUUUUUACAGUUAUGUGAACCAUGUCAACAGAAACAAAAAGGCGUUAAAAAAGGAGUAGUGGUUAAGCCUAUUAUUUCACCAGAAUUCAAUUCUCGAUGUGUUGACCUCAUUGAUUUUCAGUCACACCCAGAUGGAAAAUAUAAAUUUAUAUUAGUAUACCAAGACCACCUUACCAAAUUUAUAAUUCUUAAGCCACUUGAAUAUAAACGAGCAGAGGAAGUAGCAUUCAACCUCAUAGAUAUUUUUACGCUAAUAGGAGCUCCAUCAAUCCUACAAUCUGAUAACGGACGUGAAUUCUCAAAUAACAUAGUAUCUAACUUAAAAGACAUGUGGCCUGAACUUAAAAUUGUUCACGGUAAGCCAAGGCACAGCCAAAGUCAGGGGAGUGUUGAAAGAGCGAAUCAAGACGUCGAGAAUAUGCUUACAACAUGGAUGCAAACAGAAAAAAAUUCUCAUUGGAGUCAAGGAUUAAGAUUCAUUCAAUUAAUGAAAAAUAGGGCAUUACAUUCUGGGAUUAAGAUGUCACCAUAUGAGGCACUAUUUGGUUGUAAAGUCAAGGUUGGGCUUAGUACAUCAAAUUUACCGAAAGAAGUAGUCGACAAUUUAUAA